GGGAGGGACCGGAGCAGAGGGGCGUUACCCUCAGGGUUUUUUAAUGCAGCGCGGGGCUCCGCAGCUAUUCUUUCUUCCCUCCCCCCCACUCUGCGCCUGCGCCUGAGUCUAUUCCCCCGGGCCGCGGAGCUUUUUUAGAGCGUCUGCGUGAGAUCCCCUCCCCCUGCCUAGCUCCAGGGCGCCUGCGCGCCAGCUCCCGCCCUCUCUGCGGUUCCUCUGGCGCGCCUGCGCGCCAGCCAUUUUGCUGCCGUCUCAGCUCUGUGCUCGAGCUUUCCCUGCAGAGGCCGCAGACGCGGACGUAGGGGCGGUCGAAGUGGACGCAGGAGCGAGAGCGGAGCAGCCGCCGCAGUCUCGGCUCGCCCUGACUCGGCCCCGGCCCUGAGGCUCCCGCACCCGCGAGAGGAAGAAAAGGAGGAGGGGGAGAGAAAAACCGCCACGGGUCCCCUCCCCCGCUGCGCGGCCCCCCCACGCGCGGCCGUUUAGAGCGCCUGCGCGGGCCGGGGAGCGCGCGCCCGCAACCCCGCCCCACCCCGCCCCCUCCUCGCGGCGCGCGCCCCGAUGUGCCCGAGGCUGAAGCAGCCGCCGCUCGCGCGCCCAGGGCGCCAUGUUCUGGAAGUUUGACCUGCACACCAGCUCGCACAUCGACACGCUGCUGCAGAGGGAGGACCUGGCCCUGCCCGAGCUCCUGGACGAGGAGGACGUGCUGCAGGAGUGCAAGGUGCUGCACCCCAAGCUGCUGGACUUCCUGCUGAGGCCGGCCCACCUGCAGGCCCUCGUGGACUGGGUCACCCAGGAGCCCCCGGCCCUGGGCGACGAGCGGCUGCGCUACAAGUACCCCAGCGUGUCCUGUGAGAUCCUGACCUCGGACGUCCCCCAGAUCAACGAUGCCCUUGGGGAAGAUGAGGCUCUUCUGGGCCGCCUCUAUGGCUUCCUCCAGAACAGGGACCCCCUGAACCCCCUGCUGGCCAGUUUCUUUAGCAAAGUCAUGGGGAUCCUGAUUAACCGAAAGACAGACCAGAUCGUGUCCUUUCUGCGGAAGAAGGCUGACUUUGUCUCCCUGUUACUCCAUCACAUCGGGACCUCAGCUAUCAUGGACCUGCUGCUGAGGCUGCUGACCUGUGUGGAGCAGCCACCGCUGAGGCAGGAGGUCUUUAAUUGGCUGAACCAGGAGAAGAUCGUGGAGCGUCUGAUCGACAUGAUCCACCCGGACCGGGAUGAGGGCCAACACUCCAACGCGGCGCAGUCUUUGUGCGACAUCGUGCGCCUGAGCCGCGAGCAGAUGCUUCCCACCCGCGACCCCGCCGAGCCCGAGCGGCUGCUGGCCACGCUGGAGAAGCAGGAGACCAUCGAGCGGCUCCUCGGCAACAUGUUCGGGAGCGACCAGAACGAGUCCGUGAUCGUCAGCGGCAUCCAGGUCAUCCUGACCCUGCUGGAACCUCGCAGGCCCAGGGCGGACGCGGGCGGCUUCGGCGCGGACGGUCAGCUGGAGCUGGCGCCCCCCGGGGGCCCCGAGAGCCCCCCGCGCGGCCAGGCCAACCUGGGGACGCUGAGGGCCCUGAGGCAGUGGCUCGCCCACUUCCACCGGCUGCUGCUGGAGCCCCCCACACAGGAGACCCUGCGCACCACCUGGGGGAGCCUGCAGCCCCCGCUGGGCAACACGCGGCUGCACGUGGUGAAGCUCUUGGCCAGUGCCCUGAGCGCCAACAACGCGGCCCUGACCGGGGAGCUGCUGGGCAUGGACACGCUGAACGCCAUGCUGGACCUCUUCUUCACCUACGUCUUCAACAACUUCCUGCACUCGCAAGUGGAGACGUGGGUGAGCAGCGUGCUGGGCACGGCGCCGGCCGGGGGCGAGGACGGGCCCGAGGCCCCGGGUCCCAACCCCGCCGUCAGACACCUGCUCCAGAAGUGCCGGCUGGUGGAGAGGAUCUUGGGCGCCUGGGAAGAGAACGACCGCGAGCAGUCGGAGGGAGGCCGGAGGAAGGGAUACAUGGGCCACCUGACGCGCAUCGCCAACGCCGUGGUGCGGAGCGCCGAGAAGGGCCCCAACGCCGCGCUGGUGGGCCAGCUGCUCCCAGAGCUACUGGGGGAGCAGCAGCAGGUGUGGGAGAAGUUCGUGUCGGGGCCCCUGUCGGAGACCAACCAGAAGAACGCGGUGGACCUGGUCAGCACCCACAACUUGCACUGCUCCAGCGACGAGGAGGAGGAGCGCCUGAAGGGUUUCGCCUUCCCCCAGGAGGCCGUGCUGCAGCAGGCCUUCAUGGAUUUCCAGAUGCAGCAGAUGACCUCGGCCUUCGUGGAGCAUUUUGGUUUCAACGACGAAGAAUUUGGGGAGCAGGAGGAGAAUGUGAAUGCCCCCUUUGACAAGACCGCCAGCAUCACCUUCUCCCUCAGUGCAGACGACGAGAGCCCCAACGCCAGCCUGUUCGAGCUCUGCUGCAAGGAGCGGCUGCAUCAGUUUGAGGAGGAGGAGGAGGAGGAGGAGGAGGAAGGCCUGGGGUCGGGGGACUCGGACGGGGAGGAAGCCAUCUGGCAGGACAGCCAGCGGGGCCGGACUGUGCGGAGUGGUGGCAGCACGGACAGCGAGGAGGAGGAUGAAGAGGAGGAGGAGGAGGAGGAGGAAGAGGAGGAAGCCAAUGGGACCAUGGGGGGCCUCAGUCCUCCAGCUUUUGCCUUUCCCCACCCAGAAUCCCCUGGGCCGCCCCCCCGGGCGCCCAGGAAGCGGGUCCCCUCUGCUCCUCUCAGGGCCUCCUUGGACUCGCGCCCCGGCCCCCCCGGCUCCCCUGACGCACAGCACGUCAGCGCAGCCCCGGACAGGGUGAGGGGCCCCCCACCCCUGGCUGCCGCAAGAGCCCCUCGGGAACCGACGGAUGCCAAGGGCGUGCGCUGCCCCCGCCAAGCUCCCAGCCGGCCUGCAGCCACCCUCAGGGACACACGAGACCCUCUGAGAGCCUCCGGCCAGGACAGUGGGGAGCCGCCAUUGCCUCCCAGCGGUCCCGCUCCGGGGGGUCCCCCUCCCCCUGCAGACACCAAAUAAUCUGUGGUGUGGGGAUUGCCACCCCUGCCACCCCUUCCCUUGUGUGUCAGCCGGUUCCCUUCCUUCCCAGGACGGGGGUCUGGGAGCUCCCUUCCCAUCCUCUGCCCUCCCAUCUCCCCGGAUUCCUGAGGAGAGAAGGCCAGCGAGAGAGGCGCGGCCGUGCCCCUGGUGGGCAUCGAACGUGCCCCCGGCGGGCAUGGAACGCAGGGAGCGGCGCCUCGCUCUGCCGGGCCCUCCCCCAACCCCGUGGAGACGCCUUUUCUCUCCCCGAGAUCUGGGAGUCGCAGCAGUGGCUGAGAAGGGGGGUGAGGAAGCUGGGGGAGCCCCUCCAGAAACCCAGCAGGGGUUCCGUGCCCACCACCGCUCCAGGGGCAGCUCGAAGGUGGCCCUGGAGGGAAGACUGUGCCUUGCCUUGUGGGACAGGGGAGCCCUCGCCUCUCCCAGCCCUCCGUUUUGGGGGGCGAGGUUGCUUCCUGCCCCGAGGACCCCGGUAUAAGCGUAUGCUCCAAGCUGCUGGGGCUCCGGCCCCGGCCGCCACGUGGCCUUGUUCCUCCUCGCCCGGCCUGCGCGCUGAGGCGAGGCUCUUUGCGUAUUCUGACCUGAAUAAAGAUCCAAAUGGG